UUCUUAAGCAUUUCGCAGGGUGUAUUCAUCGUUCCUUAGGUCAGGCCGACGACUGUAGGCUCAGCCCUCCUCCUCCCUGUCGCUCGCUGCCCCUCGAGGCCGCCUGCUGCCCCCGCGGGGGGCAGGUACUUCCACCUCUCGGAGCGGCGGCUGCAGCAGCACGGGGCCUCGACGGUCCGCGCGCUGGCGGAGUUCGCGGGCCGGGCCUCGCCCAGCGAGGAGCUCAUCGCCAGGAUGGCGGCCGUGUACCAGAGGCGGCCGCCCCGCGAGAACGCGCUCAAUUACGAGGUCGCUGCCCUGGAGCCCAUGGGCGCGGUGCGCGAGGCGCUGCGGGAGUUCGGCUACCCGGCGUGACGCCCCGGCGCGGUCUCGCCGCCGCCUGUGUCGGGGACGGUGUGGCGCCGCGGCACCGGGCGCUCUGCUCGCGGACGCUCGAGGACCUUCGGGGGGGAAAAAAGCACACAGACACGAUGCAUCGCCGAUCCCCAGG